CUGAACACAGGCCAGAACGGUCCAUUGAACCCAGAAAACCCGGAGGAUGUGGCGGCGGCAGCCCGUCGGAUGGAAUUCGACCUGGGAUGGUUCGCCGAUCCGGUCUACUUCGGCAACUAUCCGCAAACGAUGAUCGACAAGAUUGGAGAGAAAAGCGAGGCGCAAGGGUUUCCGGAAUCCCGUCUCCCCGUCUUCACUGCUGAAGAACAGGAGAUCCUUGCCGGCAGCUCCGACUUCUUCGGCUUAAAUGCCUACACGUCCACAUAUGUAACAAAUUACGUAAAUGACAUAGAUUGUGUCAGUUUUGAAUGCGAUACGGAUACACAAUUAUCUUCGGAUCCUUCCUGGUAUGGGUGAGUACAGGAGCUCAAUCUGCAAUUAUAGCCGUAUCGAUUUUGAUAAAGUUUAACUUAAUGAUGUUAAAUAUUAAUAUAAACUCACACGGCGAAUAUACAGGUUCAUAUCAAAAGCGGUAGGAAAUUUCUUUAAAAUAUUUAAGAGC